AGAAACGAAAGAUCCCAAAAACACAAACAAGACAGAGAAGGAAAUGAAUCAGCUGUUUAUGGAAUACAUGUGGUCCUAUGCCGUAAAUAACCUAACUUUUUGUUACGAUUGUUGUUGUUGCAGUUAUACAAGUUAGUUUAGUUGUGAUUUUUGCGAGUUUAUUGUAAAUUUUAUGAUUUAUUAGUGGCUUAUUUAAAUUUUAUGACUAGAUACAAACAUUAUAAUAUUAUUUCAUUCCCUCAUUGAGAUUUGUAUUUUCAGGAUAAAUAAUCAAUAUGAAAAAGCUGUGUUUUGUAACUUCAUGUUUAAAUUCAUCGGAAAGUACACCCCAUAAAUUAUUUAUAUUUGUUCCGAGAAACCCAGUAGUGAGAAAAACUUGGUUUGAUGCUGUUGGGCGUACAUUAGUAAAAACAACAUCAUAUUGUUGUGAAGAUCAUUUUAAUUUAAAAGAAGAUUCUAUAGACUUUUCUUUUUACAUGAGAACUGGGAAAAGUCCACGUAUGAAAACUGGCAUCACACCUCAUUUAUUUCUACAAGAUAGUUGCAAAGAAUUCAGUUUUUCACAACAACAAAAACAAGAAAUAUCAUCUGAGAGUGAGGAAAAUAGUGAACCUGAACAUCCACGCAUCUCAACUACAUCUAAAAAUACUAGAGAUGAAAUGUACUUGGAGACAUUGCCAUCUACUUCUUCUAGUACUUCUUCAUGGUUACAAACUACAUCUAGUGAAGAACAAUUUAACAGUGAUCUAAGUGAAGACAAGGAGCAAAAUGUAGACUUUAAAAAUUUGAGUAAAAAAAGAGAAAUCCUUGCGAUUGAAAUGCACCCUCGAUUUUAUUUAGGUUUAACUAGUGAAGUUUACUAUUUAGUGAAAAUAUAUAUUCAUAAGCAUAUAUCAGAAAGAGACAUACUAGUAGUUUUGAAAAAGGUUAGAUUAAACGAUACAUUGUUUCGAUUAGGUUAUGAAGCACUUCAUUUAUUGGUGCAAUACUGUGAAAAUUUUGCAAUUUUUGCCUAUACCGUUUAGAUAUAGAUAGGAUAAAGUAGUUUCAAUUAUAGAUUGCUUUGAGAUCAGUAUUGAGAAACCUUCUGAUCCAAUACACCAAUAUAAAAUACAUACAAUAUAAAAAUUGUAAUACAUUUAAAUAUUAAAUAUCAUCGACACCUAACGGGUUUAUAAAUUUUAUUUCAGAAGGUUAUAGUGGUCGAGCUAGCGAUCUGGUAAUCGUUGUGGUUAUUUAGAAAAAAUGCCACAUUUUUCAGCUGUUUUAGCUGAUAGAGGAUUCAAACACUUGAGUGUUAUAUUAGCUACAAAAAAUGUGGUUUUAAUUAGACCUGUAAGCAGAAAUAUUGCUGCUCUUCGAAUUCACAUAGAGCGAGUCAUUAGUCGAGUGAGAGAAUUUGCUUUAUUAUCUCCACAUUCUCACGUAGACAUACAUUUUGUCGGUUAUCUAAAUGCCUGUGUAACUAUAGCUUGUGGAAUUAUAAAUUUACAACUGGAGCUAAUUAAAAUGACAUACUAAAAGUAAUCAUUUCAAAGGUUAUCUAAAGAUUUUUGUAGACAAUCAAAAUUAAUGUAGUCUUGACUAUGAAAUAUUGUAAAUAUUAAAAUAACAUUUUUUUUAUCUAGUAAUCAAUUUCUUUGUUUUAUCUUAUCACAACAUCAAUGAAUAGACCAUUUUUAACAUUUACAACUGUAUAAUAUACAUAUUUGCCAUUUGUGAUUUUUUUUGUGUCAAAUAUAAGCAUAAAAAUAUGAUAUUCCUUUAUUUAAACAUUGUGUUUUAAAUUUUUUCUGGUCGACUAUCAUGACAUGAGAUUGUUAACAUCUUUAAGCUUAUACUCAAAUAUUGGCAUUCCUCUAAAUAGUAGACUACUAAAAAAAAUUGAAUUAUAGAUUAGAUAUCAAACUGUAGUAUUUAAAAAAUAAUAAUUUCUUUGUCCUUUUCAAACCUCUGGUAGAUAUACUGAAAUUUCGCAGUUUUCUUGAACUAUACUAAUUAUGUUUAGUGAAGUUUAAUAUCUUACUAAUAAAAAGAGGUGAUCAAAUUUUCUAUUUUAUUUCUAAAUAUUAAUGGGUUUAAAUUUGUUAAAAAUCUGAUCAAGUUUGUGUACAUCUGCAUCAUAAACAAUAUAAUAGAUAUGAUCUGUUAGUUUUUUUAAUGAUUAUUAAUAGGACUCUGAAAAUAUACCAUUUUAUUUGUAUUUCAGAAGUAUGUACUGUAAUAGAAAAUAGUUUAAGAUGUGUGAAACAUUCAGUAUUUUUAAAAGCUAUGAGCAAAAACAGAUUCUUUAAAUUGAACAAUUUAUAUCCAUAAAAGUAUAAAUCACUAAGCUAAUUAUUGAGAUUGUACUUUUAUUUUUCCUAUUAAACUUACUAUAUAUUGCUGUUCGUUUUUAGGUGUAUAUACAUAUUUAACUCUUUUUGAGAUAAGUUAUGUACUACUAAAAAAUGAGAAUACAACAUUGUGAAACUAUUUUAUAUAUAUAAAUCCUAGGAAAUACGUAUUUUUUUCCAGAAUAGUAAACUAUUUUCAAUUAACUCGUUACAAUAAAUUUCAUUACACGUAACAUUAUGUAUAUAAAUUUUAUUAUUUGUUUCAAAUUCUGGAUGUGCAACUGCAAAAAUUGCUUUAGUCUUAUUACACAUUUUCAUUUGCAACUGCAUCUGACCCAUGUAUUUUUCAAUAAUUUUUCUAUCCUUGACAAAAUUACUUAUACUAGUCAAUGGGCAUUUCACUUCUAGGACUGCAUCACUUGAAUUGGCAUCAGGCGAGGCUCCAAAGACUGGUAACAUAUUAUUUAAAACAAGUCCACAUUUCGUUGUUUCAAUUCCACAUAUAUUUUGAAUGCAUUUUAUAACCCUGUCUUCUAAUUCUAAGCCUCUCUCCAUGGCUUUUGUCUGCACAAUUUUUGUAGCACCAAAAAUUUUCUCGAGCAAAGAACCUUCUGUUUUACAUCGGCUUGCCUCAUAAAUCUUUGAAGCUGUAAUUCGACCAAAUCUUAAUUCAUACCAGUUUGUAUUUUUGGACUGGUUUCUUGUAGCCUCAGAAGCAAGUGCACAAUCAUUUGCAUCCAUUUUUUUUUAACAGUACUCUAAGAAAAAUUCUGGAGUUAUGUCGAUAUCAGCAUUUUCUAUUUGACAAUGAAUAAAUAGCUGGUGUAACGAUAAAGUAGGAUACAAAGGACCUCUAUCCAUAUUUAGUAACAAACUAUCUACGGAUUUUCCUUUAUUAUGUUCUCUAAAAUUCUCUAUUACUACAGAUGGGUUUUCUUCAGUCAUUGAUGGAACUUUUACCAUCUCAGACAAUUUCAUAAAUUGUUUCAGCGAACCUACUUUCGAUAAUUCUGAUUUCUUCCAAUAACAUAACUGUUCUGUAGGAGAUGGUUCCUCACUUCUCCUAUGCAACCAAAAUAAAAACGCUAUCGCAUGUUUACAGCCUCCUUUGGUAGCAGCACAAUCCUCACAUUCACAUAGAUUGAUUAUAUUCUCAUUCUCAUUUACUAUGACAUUUACAUCAUAAGCUGUUGAAUGUACUUUAUCUUCUGGCGUUAUUUUUGCUUUGAUCAAACAAAUAUUAUUGUUCCUUUUUAAUUGCACAUAUCCAAUGGCAGAAUCUCCAUAUGAUUGUCUUGCUGAUCUAAAACCAAAUUAAAAAAAACAUUCAGUAUAUGAAAAAGGUAUUUAUUUGCAAAUAAACUAAAAAUACUUUUAUUAAUACUAGUUUAUUAAAUAUUUUAAUAUGCUAUAUUAAAAAUGAUUUCUUACCUCAUGUGUUUUUUUCCACGUGAUUCCACACUUAUAUAGUUUGCAUUUUCAACAAAAUAAUUUGCUAUCAUUUCUGAAGUAACACGGGGUAAAUUGCUUGAAUCAGCUUUAAUAAAAUCAGUUUCAACCUUAGCCAUUUUCACACUAUUACACAACUAUUUUCGCUAUUUUCAAUCUUUCACUUUGAUAACUACAAAAUUCAUCAACAAAUAUGUAAACAAAAAUUUGAGGUUAUAUUUAUAUAUGUUUAUUAAAAUACAGGGCUUGCUUGCUUUCUUGUCGUUUUAAAAGUAACAGAAAAGAAGAGACAAAGUAAAUAAUCAAAUGACCAAUCAGAUUACAGAUAUAAUCACGUCUACUACGUUAUUCAACCAAUUAGAAUUGAGAACAAGUAUCACACCUAUGCGAGGUUGCCAAAUAUUGAACUAGAAACAAAACGUUUUAAAAAUUAAAUGUCCAA